AUGGCGCGUUUGAUAAAACCGGAUGCCGAAGGGUUUGCCUUGGCAGCGCAGCAAUUGCGGUCUGGACAGCUCGUGGCAUUUCCUACUGAGACUGUAUACGGUCUAGGCGCCAACGCGCUUGAUUCUGGUGCUGUGUUGUCAAUUUUUGAAGCCAAAGCACGGCCUCUUACUGAUCCACUGAUUGUACACGUUUCUACCCUCGAUGACGCUAUGAAGCUUGUGGACAUGACGUCGACUGGUCAACAAGCUUUUGAAUGUCUUGGCAGAUCGUUCUGGCCUGGACCACUUACACUAAUUGCCAAAGCAGUACCCGAGCUACCGCUAUAUUUAUCAGCUAGCACAGGGUUCGUUGGACUGCGUUGUCCCAAUCAUCCCAUUGCUCAGGCUCUACUUAAGGAAGCAAAAGUGCCAAUAGCGGCACCGAGUGCAAACAGAUUUGGUCACGUAUCACCAACUACCGCCAAGCAUGUUAUGGACGACUUAGGUGCUUGCGAGAAUUUAAGUGUCAUUGAGGCAACAGAGGAAGGAUGUUGCCAAAUUGGUAUUGAGUCAACAGUGGUCAAGAUUGUCGCGGAAGAGCGAAAAUUAAUUAUUUUUCGUCGUGGAGGUGUGUCGAAACAUGCACUGGUAAAAGUGCUUCAGGAUAAUGCAGAGAUCUUAGGAGGUCAGUACGAGGUAGUGACGAUUGAAAAAGAAGUGAAGAUGCAGACAAAAGAGGCUCAACAAGCACCGGGACAGAUGAUCACUCACUACGCUCCAGAUGUAGACACAUAUUUGUACCAAUUCGACGCACCUGAAGAGCUGGAUGCAUCUGAUAACGAGAAUGUGAGUCAUUGGGUCAUCAUUGACUUUCACGGUAAGUUGGCGAAAUUGAAGCAUCGCGUUCGGGCAUAUUGCGAUCUUUCUCCGACUGGAGACAUCGCGGAGGCUUCGCAGCGUAUCUUUGAUUCACUACGUUGGGCUGAAUGUGUACAAGAUGUCGAGCGCGUAAUUAUCACGGGGGUGAUUUCAGAGUCUCACGAGCAGGCUGCUGCUUUGCAUGAUCGGAUGUAUCGUGCAGCAUCAGGCAAGCAGCGCGCACUUCAACUCGAAGCCAAAUAG